UUGACCAGUGUUUGGUCUCGGAAUUUUUUUUUUCUCCAUUUAGUGGUUGCGCAGUAUAUUCAUGGAGAUCGCUCUUAUUUUAGUAAUCCACAAAACGAAAAUCGAGCUUCGUUACUUCGAGGUAGUAAGAGCAAAGCGUCAUCAGUUUGUGGUGAAGCACUCAGUCAAGAAGGUUGUCUGUCUCUUUGGCAAAAGUAUCUCGUCCUGUGUUGCGCAUUUGCCCCAUCACCUAACAACCAUAGCAGUUUUGUUUUUAGAAGUUUCAGUCCCACGUCAUCCAUGGAAACCGAUGUACUGAAGAGCGUACCCUCGUCUUUGCGAGUUUCUUCACGGACCCCAUCAACUACUUCAACUACUUCGCUUUCGCAAUUAUUCACCAAAGUUGCAGCAAUGCUUCGGUGGGAAAACAUGACGGAUAUUCGCGAUAGUGUUUUGGAAACUAAUGUUCGACGCCGAAAGCGAAAGGAUCUUUUACGACUACAGCUUAUUCGCAUUAUUGAGGUUGCGGUAUUUCGUGGUCUUCUCGAAUGUACAAUGCUCGACGCUAAUGGAACCUUGAACAGUUUGCUUCUUGACUUCGUGGACUCGAUGAGGGCUAAUCUCGAAAACGAUUUGGUAGAUCGUGACAUAGCUGUGGUUACAAUGAUGCGUCUGCAUUUUUCGAAGCUUGUGGCCGUAUUGAUUGAUGGUGUCGGUACGAACAAUAGGACUAAUCUGAUACCAGACGAGAAGAAGCAGAGUCUUUUCUAUCUUUUCACUGGAUGGUGCAGUCGAACUAUAGCUGCAGAUAAGAAGAUUCAUGAGAAUGAAGUAGGAUCAUAUGUGGAGCAAAAGGCAACCCUUGCUAUGACACGUUUGCUCAUGUGCGGAAGAAUAUUUGAAAUGCAAAAAUCCAUUGGUGAAGAUGGAUAUCUCUACGGCUGGCUUGAAAAGCUUGUGUCUAGUGCAAACGCCACGAUGCAGGAAGAAGUGGAAGAAAUGCUGGCGUUGAUGUUAGAAUUAAACGAAUCAAGUCAAUUAUUGGAUUGGCUUAUGUCACAGUCCUAUUCACAACCUAAUUUGGUGGCUGCGAAUUCAAGCAGUGCUGUAGUACCACCACAGUUGGCAUCGAUUGCUAGCAUCGGCUCGACAUCUACUUCUGCCCAGCUUAAAUCUCAGAUUAUGUCGCGACCGCACAAUCAUUGCUUCCCCAUUGAUCAGCAGUCCGUUUGCCGCAAUCUUGCCAAUUCGUACCCGCAUCUCACAAUUACAAUAUUUAGCGAGGUUUCAUACCGUCUAGAGGGAGCUAGGAUUCAGAACAGAACGUACCUACUUUCGUUGUUGCUGCCAUGGAUAGAGAAUAUUGAGCUUGUUGAUCCAGCGGUUGGAGAAGAUUGUUGGGAAGGUCCUAGAGGAUGGGGAUCUGAGGAGGCAACGCAUUUGCUACUAAAUAAUCUCAUGUACUUGACAGUUUAUCUGGCUCCGGAUCAUGAGAAUGAAAUUGCUGAGCUUUGGCGCGCGCUUGCGUUGUCGUUUCCGGCAAACUUACCAGUCAUUCUAAACUACCUCUACAUUGUCACCGUUCUGUCUUGCGACACAUUUCUGCCUUAUGCAAAGCGGAUUAGCGUAACAUUGGCUGGGGUCGUUGGAAAUCGCAUCGCUGCUCUUCUUUUGGAACAGUUGACCAUGUCGUUUGACAGUUCUCGUUUAAUUCUUGAAAGAUUCGAUAGAGCUCCAUAUUAUCGUUGGAAAGAUGAUGUCGAAACUAAAAAGGAUUCGGUUGUGGAGGUGAGUUUACCGGUACGACAAUCCCCGUUGGGUGAUCGCCUUCGUGAACCUUCUGAAAACACUUCUAAAGAAGGCGUACGCCUAUUGCCCAUGCCAGCCUAUAGUGGAUAUUACUCAAAAUUAUGCAAAUAUUUACCACCAACCACGCAACCAGUGCAAUUUUUCACUAGAAGUCAAGUAUCGUUACUUUUGAUAUGUGAUAUAAUUCGUACUUCCUCUGACGUUGACUGGAAUGAAGCAACUCCACGUAUUUUCCAUACCGCGGUGUUGUCCCUCGAUUCACUUCGACCUGCUCUCUGCAGACAUGCAAGGCAGAUAAUUAUCAACAUCUCUCUCCUACAUGCGGAUAAGGAUACCUUGGCACAUGUAUCUGCUAUGCUGUUGAAGCAUCAAAUGUGCCGCUCCACUUCUGAUGACAACAAGUUCAAGACUCCACCCACGUCGUUUUGUGAUCCAGAAGUGCCUAGAGGAAUUUCUCCAACGUUUGCAAGAGUGGCCAAUGAGGAAUAUCGAAACUUACUAUUAAACAGUAAUACGCUUUUCUCCUCCCAAAGUGAUCUCAUUAUGGCCCUCGUUUUUUGCCUUAGUGAAAAGUGA